AUGAACUGGCUGCACGAAUCAGGUGUCCUAUAUCUCGGCGACGAACAGGCUUUCCUCAACGUGUUCCUAUACCACUAUGCCGGUCGUCCCGCUCUCUCCGCUGAGCGCGCCCACCAAUACAUACCAUCUUUGUUCAACGAUACCGUCGUCGGUAUCCCGGGCAAUGACGAUAGCGGCGCCAUGGGCUCUUUUGAAGCCUUCGUCAUGAUGGGUUUCUUCCCUAACGCUGGACAGGAUGUAUACUUCAUCAUACCUCCAUUUUUCGAAUCCAUCUCCAUCAAGAAUGGCCAGACUGGCAACACAGCGACGAUUCGGAAUGUCAACUUUGAUGCGGCUUAUGAGAACAUUUACAUCCAAUCUGCCACGCUCAACGGUGCACCGUACACGAAGAACUGGAUCCAACACAGCUUCUUCUUGGAAGGCGGUGUCUUGGAGCUGACCUUGGGUCCGCAGGAAAGCAGCUGGGGAACGAAGUCGGAAGACGUGCCUCCUAGUCUUGGACCGUUCACAAACAGCACUGUGUCUAGCAAGAGGUCUAUUGGCGCGGAUCGAGAGUGGGCGAUGCCGAGGAUGGAGUUUGGAUCUGUCGGUAGUCAGUGA